UGAUCAUAUCCAAUUCUCCGUUUCCCAGCUGGUACGUAGCUGCUGCACUCGAUCGAUACAUAUAUCUAGAAGAAGUUAAUUAGCUAGCAGGGUACUGAAUUAAAAUGGGGUUCGUGUACCGCAUCGCGAGCCCGUCGGAGUACCUGGCGAUCACCGGUUACGGCAUCGACGACGUGAAGCUCGCGAAGAAGGCGUGGUUGGCGCCGGGGCAGCGAUGCGCGCGCUUCGACAUCUCCCCGGUGAACUACACCUUCGAGGUGCAGGCCAUGAGCGCCGAGAAGCUCCCCUUCGUGCUCCCGGCCGUCUUCACCAUCGGCCCCCGCGCCGACGACGAAGCGUGCCUCCUCCGGUACGCGAAGCUCAUCUCCCCUCACGACAAGCUCUCCCACCACGUGAACGAGCUGGUGAAGGGCGUGAUCGAGGGGGAGACCCGCGUGCUGGCGGCGUCCAUGACCAUGGAGCAGAUCUUCCACGGCGCCAAGUCGUUCAAGCAGGCCGUGUUCGAGAGCGUGCAGCUGGAGCUGGACCAGUUCGGGCUCAUCAUCUAUAACGCCAACGUGAAGCAGCUGGUGGACGUGCCGGGCCACGAGUACUUCUCCUACCUGGGCCAGAAGACGCAGCAGGAGGCGGUGAACCAGGCCAAGGUGGACGUGGCGGAGGCCCGGAUGAAGGGCGAGGUGGGCGCCAAGGAGCGGGAAGGGAUGACGCGGCAGAACGCGGCCAAGGUGGACGCCGAGACCAAGGUGUACACCGUGAAGCGUCAGGGGGAAGGGUCCAAGGAGGAGGCCAGGGUGGAAGCGGAGGUGAAGGUGUUCAGGAACGAGAGGGAUGCCGAGGUGGCGCAGGCCAACUCGGAGCUGGCGAUGAAGAAGGCCGGGUGGGAGAAGCAGGCCCAGGUGGCCCAGGUGGAGGCGGCCCAGGCCGUGGCGAUCCGCGAGGCCCAGCUGCAGGUGGAGGUGGAGCGCACCAACGCGGCCCGGCAGACGGAGAAGCUCAAGGCGGAGCACCUGAGCAAGGCCGUGGUGGACUACGAGAUGAAGGUGCAGCAGGCCAACUGGGAGCUGUACAACCGGCAGAAGGCGGCAGAGGCCUUGCUCUUCGAGCAGGAGAAGCAGGCCGAGGCCCGGCGGGCCGGUGCCGACGCCGAGUUCUUCGCGCGGCAGAGGGAGGCCGAGGCUGAGCUGUACGCGAAGCAGAAGGAGGCCGACGGGCUGGCGGCCAUGGGCCAGGCCCAGAGCGCGUACGUGGCCUCGUUGCUGGGCGCGCUCGGGGGAAGCUACGGCGCGCUGCGCGACUACCUCAUGGUCAGCUCCGGGGUGUACCAGGAGAUGGCGCGCAUCAACGCCGAUGCCGUCAGGGGGCUCCAGCCCAAGAUCAGCGUGUGGAGCAAUGGUGGUGCCGAAGGGGGGAAUAAUGGGGCGAUGAAGGAGGUGGCCGGAGUGUACAGCAUGCUGCCGCCGCUUCUGACGACGGUGCACGAGCAGACUGGGAUGCUGCCGCCGGCGUGGAUGGGAACUCUCAACGCCGGCCCAUCCACGACUUAGCUGACGACGAGCUUGAUUUCUUCCGGGCGUGAAGCUCGGUCGGUCUCACCGCCAGGUACGUACGUGCGUCUUCCGUGUGUAGUCGUGUGCGUAUAUAUUCUGAGUGGCGUACACACAAUCGUACAUGAUAUGUAAAUUUGGGUGAAUUUGUGAAGUUACGUAGUCGAGAUAAAGUGCAUAUAUGUGUAUAUCAUUCUUUUUGUAACAGCGAAGUUGGGUUGGAUUGUGCAAGUCUCACUGUAUUCACGUGCUAAAUAAAAAGACGAGGCGGACGA